GCUCCUUGGGAUGUACUGGGAGACUUUAAUGCCAUAGGGGAUAUUAAUGAGGCUUCAAACAUGCCUCAGGUCUCUAGUAGUAUGAUUGAUUUCAAAAAUUGGCAAUAUGAUUGUGAAUUAGAGGAACACAAGUCAUCAGGACCCUGGUUUACAUGGAUAAACAAGCAAACGGGGAAUCCAAUAGCAAGGAGAUUGGAUCGAGUCUUUGUGAAUACUCUGUGGUUUGAGGUACUCCGUUCUAGUACUGUUGAUCUGUUGGAUCCCUCUGUGUCGGAUCAUUGUCCGAUUCUAUUAAACUCUGAUAGUACUUUGAAAUCAAUGCCAAAGCUGUUCAAAUUCUUCAAGUUCUGGAUCAAGCAUCCUCGGUUUAUGGACUUAGUAAAGGAAGCAUGGAUGACACAGGUAGAGGGUUCUCCUUUAAUUCGGGUGUGUAGAAAGCUGAAAUUACUUAAGGGGCUGCUUAAGAAGUUGAAUAGGGAUGACUUUUCUGAUAUCAGUGAAAGGGUACGAAUGAAGGAAUCUGAACUGGUGACUGCACAGGCAGAAGCCUUGAACCACCCCACAACUAGUGCUUUUGAAGAGGAGAUAAGAAUCUCUAAAGAGGCUAGGGUCCUAAGAGAGGCUGAAGAAUCUUUUUUCCGCCAGAAAUCAAGGGAAAUAUGGCUCAAAGAGGGGGACUCGAACACCCCAUACUUCCAUAACUCAGUUAAGAGUCGCCAAAAAAGGAAUAUGAUUAGAUCCUUAAUUAAUGAAAAUGGUCAAAGGGUUACAGACAACGAUGGUAUGGCUGGGAUAGCAGAGAGAUUCUACAGGGAACUGUUGGGAAAAUGUGAUCCAGAAGUUAUUCCCCCAGAGGUGGAUCAAAUUAAAAGUAUACUUCUCAAAAAAUUAAUGCCUGAGCAAAGUGUAGAGUUGUGCUCCCAUGUUACAGCUGAAGAAGUCAAAACAACUCUGUUUGGAUUUGAUGGGGAGAAGGCCCUGGGCCUGAUGGCUUUCCUGCCUGUUUCUUCAAAGCAGCAUGGAAUGUUAUUGGAGGAGAGGUAACAUCUGCCAUCUUACACUGUUUUAGAGUAUCUGAGAUUCCAAUUUGUGUUAAUGCAACUCUUUUAGCCCUAAUACCUAAAAUUCAGUCCCCAGAAGAGAUGAAAUUCUUUAGGCCAAUCUCUUGUUGCAACAUUCUAUAUAAGUGUAUGGCCAAAAUACUUGCUGUGAGGCUUAGCUCUGUUAUGCCCUGCUUAAUUAGUGAAUCUCAAACUACAUUUGUUAAGGGUAGGGUAAUAGGGGAAAACAUAUUACUUGCACAUGAGCUUGUUCAUAAAUAUGGUAGGAAAAACAUCUCUCCUAGAUCCUUAGUGAAGAUUGACCUGAUGAAGGCCUUUGACUCGGUGGAUUGGGGUUUCCUUUUUAAUACUUUGCAAGCAAUGGGAAUACCUGAGAGGUUUUUACAAUGGUUAAAAAUGUGUGUUACUACACCCAAGCUGAGUAUUGGAUUUAAUGGAGGUUCAGUGGGGUACUAUUCUGCUAAGAAGGGGCUGAGGCAGGGGGAUCCCCCUCUCCCCAUAUCUAUUUGCUGUGGCUAUGGAAGUUUUAUCUUGUCUAAUGAAUGAAGCAGUCAGGAGAAAUGAGAUGCCAUUUCACCCCAUGUGUAAGAGAUUGGGAUUGACCCAUCUUAUGUUUGCUGAUGAUCUUUUGCUAUUUUAUGAUGGUUCAAACUAUGGGAUCCAGUGUAUUAAGAAAGUUCUAGCUGAGUUUAGAAGAAUGUCAGGCCUAAAAUCCAAUCCAUCAAAAUGUGAGCUUUAUUGAGGAGGUAUUAGUGUGGAAUGGCAGGAGGCUAUGGCAAGUCACUCAGGUUAUAAGCUAGGGGUGUUACCAGUUAGGUAUUUGGGUCUCCCUCUGCUGGCAGGUAAACUUACCAUUAAAGCUUGCACUCCACUGAUUGAUAGGGUGACAGAGAGAAUAUCUAGCUGGAAAGCAAAAAUACUUUCUUAUGCAGGGAAGUUUCAACUAGUCAUGUCAGUAUUAUAUAGUCUCACACAAUUUUGGAUGUCAAUUUUCAUACUCCCUAAGUCAGUUAUCAGAGCAAUAGAGAAACUAUGCAGUGAUUUUUUGUGGGGUGUGGGAGAUGGACCUAGGAAAAGCGCUGUGGUUGCUUGGCCAAGGAUUACAUACCCUAAGAAGGAGGGGGGUCUGGGAUUUAGAGACAUGGUAUCUUGGAAUUUGACUUGUGUUACAAGGCAUGUCUGGGCUAUAUUGUUGAAACAGGGGUCAUUAUGGGUGGCCUGGGUUUGGGAGUAUAGAAUUCAGAGAUGUUAUUUUUGGACUGUCACCUCGAAAGCUGGAUCCUGGUUGUGGUUGAAACUGCUGAAGUACAGAGAUAAGAUGAGUAAUUAUUUGGGGACUGGGACUGAUGGAGUUUACUGGAAAGGUGAACUGAUGGAGAAAUUCCAAAUAAAGAAAGUAUGGGAGGAGUUGAGACCCAAAACCAACACUGUUCCCUGGUACUCUCUGGUUUGGAAAGGAACAAGUAUCCCCAGAAACCAGUUCUUAGUAUGGCUCAUAGUAAAUGAUUAUAUUGUGACAGGAGAAAAGGCUCAAGGGUGGGGGACUGCAGGUAACCAUUGCUGUGUUUUCUGUAAUUCUACCCUGGAAACAAGAUCACAUGUAUUUGCAGAAUGCUUUGUCUAUAAACAGCUAUUCAUCAACCUGUUUGCAAAGUACUCUAACCAUUCUCCUGGUGAUCAGUGGAUAGCUGAACUUCAGUGGGCUUCCCGGAAUCAUACACAGAAGAAUGAUAUGGCUCAGGUGGGUAAAGUGAUUUGGCAGAGUUUGGUUGCAAGUAUCUGGAGGGAGAGAUGCAGGAUAAAGUUUGGAGGUAAGG